UUAAGUCAAAUAUUAAAAAUAAUAAGCAAGCAGCAGAACCCAGUUGCAUACUUCUGCAUGGAACUGAACCUGAACCUGAAUGAAGUAACACUUGAAGAAGAAAGUCCACUGAUACACAUUUACUUCUUUUUUUUUUUCUUGAUGCUCUUUCUCGUGAAACGGCUUCAUGUUCAGCCCCUGACAACGCCGUUUCUUCUCGGGCAGCUCCGGUGCGCCCGGACGCGGCCGAAGUCGCCGCCGGUGGCGCUGAAGAGGGCGGAGGAGCGGUCGGAGUGGUGGGCGGUGGACGGCGAACUGCACGAGAUCGGCGAUCACGUGCCUCCACGUGAGCGCUUCGUGAUUCCCCGAGAGAACAUUCCCAACAAGCGCCGCAAGCAACUCAGAGAUCAGUUCAUGCGCCGAACGCGCCUCGUUCUUAAGGAAUCCGAGCAUGAUCCUUGGUGCAAAAAGUAUAUGGAGCUGUAUAAUGAACUUAGAGAAAACUGGGAGAGGCUUUAUUGGGAUGAGGGUUACUCUAAAAAGCUUGCUCAGGAUCAUGCAAACUAUGAGUCUGCUGAAGAUGAUGAUGGAGAUUUCUCCCCUUACAGGAGUAGAAGGCCUCAGUCUCAGAUGGAGCAUAGUAAGGACCAAAAUUUUGGGAGAAACAGGCAAUCUGAUAACUGGGAGAAAGUUAGCCUUCUUCGGGAUAAAUUUGAGUAUGACAGAGAGAGAAGAAUGAGAGAGAAAGCAUUUGCACCCAUGCGUGGAGGAUCUGUGCCUGACUCAUGAUUCAGACCAUUGGAACCAACCGCUAAAUACUGGUCAAUAUUUCAGCCAAACAGGACGGCAUUGAGAGGAGAAUAAACUAAAUUUUCCUGCCAUUGAGGAAAGAGAUAGGAUAGUUUUCAUUCCCACUAGCCCAAUGCUAUAUAUGCUUUGCCAAUAUGACUAGUUGCAGUUAAUUCUGGCAUAUUGUUAAGGAAGGGUUUACAGCUAGGAAAAUUGAUGUUUUAGGUUGGGUUCUGAACUGAAAUAUGGUAAUGUAUUAAUACACUGACCUUUCCCUGUCGCUCUCUGUCCCCAAAGUUUUGACUGUGACUUAUGAGAAGGGUAUAGAAAAUUUGAAGUAACAUGAACUGAUGGGAUGUUGUAUCUAA